AUGACGCUCUUCCAGUUCCAGCACCGUGACCUUUUACUACCUAACCAUGCAUUAUACGAACUGUGGUACACCGUCGGAGUGAACGUGAUAGCCUGUUUCUACUCGAUCGCGCAAGCAUUUGUCGAGACCCGCCGUCCGGCCUCGCCGAGGCUCCAGACCACCUCGUGCUACUGCAUCGCCCUCUUCCUCGACCAGGUGUUGGCGUACCUCCUCAUGUCGGCGUCGUCGGCGGCCGCGUCCCGCCACCACCUGUGGGUGUCGCGGUUCGGCAAGGACCGGUUCAACGACAAGAUCAACGUCGCGGUGCUGUUCUCGUUCCUGGCCUUCCUCGCGCUGUCUGGCAACGCGGUCAUCUCCAAGUCGAAUCUCUUCAGCAGGAUAUGA